AAUGACUCGAAACGGUCAACAAUCUCUGCAUCUGUCCCCCUUCUUCCCUCCUUCCCCUUUUAAUCUUCAUCUUCGUUACACUUUUCAAGCUGUCCCAGCUUCUCCUACCAAACUCCCAACAAUUACUGAAGUACAAAAAGGCAUUCGCCAGGUUCCCGAUAAUGGAGAUCGUGAUUCCACCGACUACCAUGGAUUUCGAUUUCAACAACAGCAAUUCACGUCCUUCUUCGCUUUACAUGAGCGCUCCUUCUACCCCUAAACGUUUUGGCGAGUUCUACUUCAGUGCUCCGACCAGCCCGUCGCGUGGCGUCUCCGAGUUUUACCAGGAUGAGUUUCCGAUGCGGAAUGAAAGCAGAGCUGGUGGCACGAGGGAGGAGGCGGCGGGGGAAUUCGCGUUUGAUUUUUGUGAAGAAUUAGAGAGGAGCUCUUUGCCGGCUGAUGAGCUCUUUGAUGGUGGCAAAAUCCGGCCUUUCAAGCCUCCUUCUCGGCUGCAAAUAGGUAGAAAAGCGGAGGCGUACACCACUCCGAGCAGUCCUGUUUUGCUGUCUCCGAAAUCGCCCAGAUCACAGGGGAAGAAGACAUUUCUGGGUGUGUUCUCGCGUAGACGGAAGAAAGACUCCGACCCGUUUGCGAUGCAACUGGAGAACACUCGCAGGAAAACAGAGCAUGAAAGAGGAAGAGAAAGAAGUACAGACAUAUCAUCUUCAAAUUCAGGGCGCAGGGCGUCUAGGUCGCUCUCUCCUUUCAGGGUCUACGAGUCUCAAUGGGAGGAACAAGAAAAGACGCAGCAAAACACCAAACAGCCAUCACUGAACUCGAAGGCUUCAUUUUCAUCAACCGCUGCUUCGUCUUCUUCUUCUUCAAAGAGUUCUUCUAAGAAAUGGAGUCUGAAGGACUUUCUGCUGUUUCGGAGCGCUUCGGAAGGAAGAGCAACAGACAAAGAUCCUUUCCUCAAGUUCUCGCCGGCUUUGCACAAGAGGCAUGAAGAUUUCAAGAACUCGAGCUUCCGGUCACCGGACACUUCUGGUUCAGUGGGCAGAUCGAGAAGAGGGCCAGUUUCAGCCCACGAACUGCAUUACACCGUGAACAAAGCGGUGUCGGAGGACUUGAAGAAGAAAACUUUCUUGCCAUACAAACAGGGGAUUCUGGGCAGACUGGCAUUCAAUCCGGCAGUCCAUGCACUCGCCAAUGGCUUUGGGUCAUUCACACGUUCAUGAAUCUAGAUAGAUUCUUCAAAGAUUUUCCUAAUUCUUCUCUUUUUUGUUGUAAAAAAUAGUUACUUGUUCCAACAAAUGUAGAAACUCUCAUGAACAACUUAAUUUGUGGUUCAUAAAUACUAUGCAGAGAAAAAAAAAAAAAAAACUGUAUUUUACCAAUGUUCAUUAGUUUUUAGAGAGUAAUUGAUGGAAACAAGCACAAUCAAAACUUGUCUCCAUCUUGAUCAUGUUUUACCAUUU